CGUGCUAGGCACGUGUUUGUGUAAACAAUUGGACUUAUUGACUUCGUACAAAUUAGGACCAAAUAUUGUUAGUAAAAUAACAUCAUUUGUUCUGUUCCAUUCAAAUGAACACUGCGCCAACUUGUUUUAUUCGAAAUUGUCCUGCUCACUACCUGGUGUUGGUGUAUUCUUUGAUUCACGUCUGUAUGAAUUCGAUACAAUCACAAAACGUAAAAUGAAGCUAUGACAUUCUGAGAUUGAAAUUGUUAUACAACCAUUUAUUUUUUUAAAAUCCAUAUAAAAGAAAGCAUAUAAAUUGGACAGCUUUUAUUUCCUGGACACAUUUCCAUAGAGGAGAACGUCAUGUUUUCUAUACUAGUAUUGGUGACACUUGUUACAGCAGUCGCAGGUCAAAGUAACCUGUGUGCUGCACCAAACGGCGACUUUCCGAAUCCAAGCAGCGAACAAUGCACAACCUACUUCCGAUGUAUUCAAGGGACACCAAUCCUUCUCAGAUGUCCAGGGAAUCAGCGAUUUGAGUUUUUGUUUCGAGUGUGUCGACCUCAAGCUGAAGUAGAUUGUAACAGGCAGCUGGAAGUAUUCGCUGCGCCAACCGUUGUUCAGGGUCUUGGAGGAUUGGGAGGUCUGGCUAAUUUAGGUGGUUUGGCCGGGGCUGGACUUGGGGGCUUAGGAGGAGGUAUAGCAGGAGGGGUGGCCGGAGGCCUAGCAGGGGGCCUUGGGGGUGGAUUGGGCGGGGUGGGGGCCUUAGGUGGAGGGGGUCUGGCUGGUGGAGGACUUAUUAAUCUUUUAAGUCAAUUGGAUGGUGGAGAUGGUGAUGGAAAUAAUGGAAACAAUGGACUGGCUACUGUCUUAGCUCUUUCAGCCAUCUUGAACCAACGAAAUGGAGCGUCACCUCCACAGGGAGCGUUUGGGCAACUUCAACUUGCACCUGCAAUUCCAGCUCAAAACACCCAAUGGCAACAACCACAGACAUUUAGCAAGCCAAGUAAUGGACAUUUAGCUGGUCAAGGAACACCGUUCACCACAGAUGAUGGUCGAACAUUUGUAAUUUAUCCUCAGUUGGCCAAUCUGCAACUGGCGCCAGGUGGAGCUCAAGGUAUUGCCUUGCCAAGUGGAGCUGAAGGAACUGUGUUAAGUAAUAACAUGAAUUCAGCUCCAAACGUAGGGCAAGGACUUCGUGGUCCAGGUCAAUGGAGACGUAAACACAGACAGUUGAAGCCAGGGAGACUGGAAGUAGGUCAAUCUGAUGAUGAGAAUCAAAGUUUCUUUGGACAGCCUCCAAAUAGUUUCUCAAACUCAGAAAUGGGAGUAGCAGGGAACAAGACAAACACUACAUCCAUUGAGUUCAAGUUGUAAGCUUUCAAUUCAUAGUCAGAAUUAUUGGGGAACAUUGCUGUACUGCUGAGUUAACAAGUGCAUACAUUGAACUGGUUCAUCGAGUUAUGUUUGUACAAUUAUUUGAGUCUUUUCAUCGAGUUAUGUUUGUACAAUUAUUUGAGUCUUUUCAUCGAGAUAUGUUUGUACACUUAUUUGAGAACUUCCCUAAAGGCAUUGUUCCUGUUGGCAAACCAGAUGACAGUGUGUUGUGGGACUUCAAUGACAAUAGUAUUCCAGUGCUUUACAUUUCAUCAUAUCAUUGUUUGUCAAGUUCAUACUUCUAGAAGUCAUAAACAAAGUUUUGUUUUUUAUUUAAAUAAAUCAAAAUCUUUUGAAAUUA